AUGAGCCAGGUGUCGUUGUCCCAUUGUGGUCACUAUGUGGCUCUAGUGGAGGACACAAACAUUUCCAUCCAUAGAAUCCUGCCAUCUUUUCUAUUACGAAGGUACAAUGCCGCUAAAGAUAUACGAAGGCACCUUAAAGGGUCUGGCUCGAGCGAUCGAACCAUCAAGAUUGGUGGCUUGUUUUGGGAAACCACUACUGGCCUGAAUACUUCAACCAAGAUCGCUGUAUCCAUAUCGUCCAAGGACUUUCAUGCUACUAUUGUUUAUGAUAUGACUUCUCAGUCCACGGACCCGGUAAUAAUAGAGCUGGACUCUGCAAUUGCACAUAUAUCUUGGAUCGAGGGAGCACCAGAGGAGGGAAGUGCUUAUAAGAAUUGCACUCAGCUAGUGGUGUUUGAUCUGUUUGGUUUGUUAGCUCGUGUAUACUCUUUGGAUUGCACAAGGGUUCUCUUCACGGUACCUAAACCAAUUGUUCAAAAGUCAUUGACCAGGCCAGGUCAUCCAGGCUUUUGGUCUCUUUUACUGACCUCAUACUUUGACAAGAAUCUGACGUCAAGGUCUAUCAUGAUUGACCUACAAUCCGACAGUCAUCCAUACCUACUACAUUUUACAAAUAAUGGAUCCAGAAGUGCUCUAUUUGCUUCCUUGCAGUUGGAUCAUCAGUCGUCUCCGUCAGCUCAAAUUGCAUGGGACCCAAAGGGCAGCUGGAUAUGUUUCUUUGACUCAGGAGAAUCUCUCUUCGGCUACACUGUGAGAGUUUACAAUAGCUUGGGAGUAUACCAAAAAUCAGAGAACAGUGAUAAGCGUCUUGCCCAACCGACGUUACAUUCUUCAUAUACCAAGGGGAUAGGUUGGACGUUUGCAUGGUUGAACAUUCAUGAUCUGUUGUUCAUAGCAGCCAUCCCGCUAAAGUCCUAUAAAAAACUUGAAUUCCGCAUUCACGGAGUAAGCCAUUUGUCACUUUGUUAUCCUUCUGUUGUUCAUCUCGAGAAAUCUGAUUCGAUCUGGGUAUUGGAAGGAUUUGAUGGUGACGUCUCUUAUAGGCGCACAGACGUUUGUCCAGAAAGCUCAUUUGAAUGGAAACUAGCUAAGGACUCUGGUAAGUACCUUGUACUAGCCACUAAUAGUGUUGUUGUUAUACUACGAAGAUCUAGUGAAGGUCCUCUUGUGAAGUUCGAGCCAGAAGCAUACAUUUCAUCACUGCACUGUCAUGAUAUUCAGUUCUUCAACGACAGUAUCAUUCUACUUUUCCGGGAACAUGUGGCGAUUUAUACAGAGGAGAACUUGUCGAUUUUGGCUACAAGCAGGUAUUCGUUGCUUGACAUGAGAAUCACUAACAAGCUUGGAGCGCCAGUAAUGACUUUGGUGGAAAGGACCCCACAAGGUGAAGUAUGGAGACAAGUCGAGCAAGAGGCAGGUAGUUCAGAGGACUCUAGCUUGCUGUUGUUGAACAACUUAUCCUACCGUGAGGACAACAGCAAAGUUGUUAACCUUGUGAAAGAGGCUCAGAAGAACGACUGGGGUAAGAACGCCAAAAGAAGGCUCACGGAAGAUACCGAUACGUUCAAGCUCAACUUCAAACGGCGAAGACCACCAGGAUUGCCGGAACUACGCUAA